AUGUUGGAACUGAAAAACUUCUAUGAGAAUGACAAAGAGCUUGUCAAUCGAGAUGAUUGGAGUGAUGAGACGGAUCGCUCCGAAGAUGAAUGGUUAGCUCAAUCAAUCCUGUACCUCAAUGUAGCAUCUCUCGUUGCUAACUUAGUAGCAUCUAUUCUAUCAGGUUCACUCUCGAUUUUGAGCUUGUUCAUUGACUCAUCCAUGGAUAUCUCGUGUAGCUUUGUAAUGAACAUCUGUAUUUAUCUUAUUCAGAAACGUGAUACUAUCAAUUAUCCAAGAGGACGAGAAAGGCUGGAAACUAUCGGAGCCGUGCUAUGUGCAAUAUUAAUGAUUUUUGCAAACAUUAUAAUGAUAUUUCAAACUGUUAGUAGCAUCAUAUCUGACGUAAAAGGACCAACUAUGGACUUCUAUACAAUGUCAAUACUGAUAGUCCAAACAGUGCUUAAAGCUUUAUUCUGUUAUCUUUGCUAUAGAAGAUCCUCAACAUCAUCUCUUGUUAUCGCUAUGGAUCUUCGCAAUGAUAUCGUAACACGAUGUCUGGCCCUGGUUUUUGCUCUGUCCGGAGAUUACGUGUGGAAGUAUGCAGAUUCUGUAGGGGCUGUCAUCAUAUGUAGCAUCAUAACGGUCUCAUGGAUUAGACAUAUCUCGGAAAUAGUGCCAAAUCUUAUUGGAAAACGAGGAAAUCAACAAAACAUCAGCAGGAUACUCAAAAUAGUUUUAGAUCACGAUGAACGCAUAAAGUUCAUCGAUCAUAUAAUGGUUUAUCAUACAUGGGAUCAAGCCCUGGUCGAACUGCAUGUUGUAAUGGAUGAACAUUUGACUUUAAAAACAACUCAUGAUAUCUGUCAUCCAUUAGAGAAGAAGCUACAGAGGCUUCCGUUCGUUGAGCGAGCAUUCAUUCAUUGUGACUAUUACUGCGAUGGCGAUUAA